GUCACUCUAAAACCAAGCGUGGCGUCGCUUGGCGCUGUAAAUUUGAAGGUAACGAACUAAAAGAGAGAUCGAUUUGAGCACCAAAACAAGAAGAAAACCAGCUUCCGUUUAUAAAAUUUCUUGGCAAAAGCAAGCUGACAACAUGAAGGCAGUACCGAGGACGCCAAUGCGCGUCGUCCCGAAAACUCCGCGGAUGCAACAAACAGUGGAGAAACAGCGACGAGACACCUCCGACAAGGCCAGGGAUCCAGUGAACGUGUUCUGUCGGGUGCGGCCCCUACAAUCCGACGGAGAUCUCACCUCCCUGAGAGUCAAGAACUCGACUACGAUCGCCCUGAAUCCGCAGGAUCAGCUGCUGCAGCACCACAAGCCACAUAACGCAAACCAGCGUGAGAUUCAGUACAUUUUCAAGCACGUUUUCCAGCCGGAUGCCACGCAGCAGGAUGUGUACGCAUCGGUGGCCCAGCCACUGGUGGAGAACCUCCUGAAAGGGCGAAACAGUCUGCUUUUCACCUACGGAGUAACUGGAAGUGGAAAAACGUACACCAUGACAGGAAACCUGCGGCACCGCGGCAUUAUGCCGCGCUGCCUGGACGUGCUCUUUCGCACCAUUUCAGAUUACCAGGCCAAGAAGUUCGUCUUCAAGCCGGACAAGCUUAAUGGCUUCGAGAUUCUGUCCGAAGAGGAUGCGCUUUUGGAGCGGCAGCACGAGAUGAACCAGCGAUUUGCUGGCGCAGGAAGGUUUGCCUUCAGGCACAAGGACUCGGAUCCAGAAAUAGCAUCUCAAGCCUCAGUAGAGCCAAUCCCGCUGCUGGGCUUGGAUGAGGAUAACAUGUUCUCGGUGUUUGUCACCUAUAUUGAGAUUUACAAUAAUAGUGUUUACGACCUCCUGGAGGACUCGGGUAUACAGAAGACUUUGCAGAGCAAAAUCAUUCGUGAAGAUGCCAACCGUCACAUGUUCGUCCACGGCGUUACAGAAGUGGAGGUGAAGACAGUGGAGGAGGCCCUCGAGGUCUUUCAAAUGGGCCAGAAGCGCAAACGCAUGGGGCACACUGUUCUGAAUGCUGAAUCCAGUAGAAGUCACUCGGUGUUCAAUAUACGCUUGGUGCAAGCGCCCACUGAUAGCCAGGGUGAGAAUGUGGUUCAGGACCGACAAAACAUCACAGUGAGUCAACUGUCCCUGGUGGAUCUGGCGGGCAGUGAGCGAUCCUCACGGACCAAGAACACCGGCGUGCGACUGCGUGAAGCGGGCAACAUUAAUAACUCGCUGAUGACGCUGCGCACGUGCCUGGAAUAUCUGCGCGAGAACCAACUCUCGGCGAGCAAUGGAUUGGCACCCAAAAAGGUGCCCUAUCGAGACUCCAAGAUCACACACAUGUUUAAGAACUACUUCGAUGGCGAAGGACAGGUGUCUAUGAUUGUGUGCAUCAAUCCAAGAAUUGAGGACUAUGAUGAGAAUAUGCAAGUGAUGAAAUUCGCCGAGAUGACGCAGGAGGUGCAAAUUGCACGGGCGACUCCUAUGAAGCAAGAUUUGGGUCUGACUCCCGGCCGUCGCAAAGCGAACAAGCUAUUCAAGAUUGCUAUUAACAAUCUGAACGAGCUGGGAAUUCCUGAGGCCAAGGAUUUGGAGGUGGACGUGGGUUUGGUGUACAGCUUGGGGCCCGAUUUUCCUGCCUAUGAAAUGGACAGUCCCGAGGCAGAGAUCAAAAUCCGCGAGCUAAUGCACUAUCUGGAGCAGCGUAUAGAAAAGCGAAAGAAGCUGCGUGCAAAUUUAGACAUAAAAUGUGACAGCUUUCGGCAGAUGCUGAUGAACCUUGACCGCGACAAUCUGCAGUUGCGCACAGAGCUGGCUUCCUUGAAGGCUGUCUACAAGCAGGAGCGCGAUCGCAGCGCUGCCCUCGAGAAGAAGGUUCGCAUCCACGAGAGCUCUAUUGACGUACUUAACAACACGCUAAGCAAGCAAGAACGGCAGAUUGAAGAGCUGACUUUCAAGCUGAACGAGAAGGAGAACAUGCUCACCCAGAAGGAGCACGAGAAGGAAAAGCAAAAGAAAAAGUUCAGCUCCAAGCUGGCCGUUGAGUCGGACAAAAACAAGCGGGAGUUUGAGCUAAAGCUGCGUGAACAGCGUGCUAAAUUACAGGAACGUAUGCGAAUCAAGGAUGAAAAGCUGCGAUUGGUAUCCAACAUUCUGCAGUCCGAAGAUCUGCCCAGUUUGCCGCGGUCACAGAGCUCCGAAAAUAUACUUAACGAAAAAGAUCGCGGUGCAUAUACGGUACGCACGGAGGUGUCUUCGGUGCCAGCAACAAGAACAGAUAUAUACGCGACCCCUCGUCAUGGCGCUGCAGCGGCCAACAAUCGGCAUAGACGCUCUCGAUCCGCCGGCGACAAGUGGCUGGAGCAUCGGGCAGCAAAUCCUGUUCCCCUCGGAACCAUCAUGCAGCCGUAUCUGAAGAAUCGUAAGUCGGUGACGAAACUAACCGACAUGAAGGAGCUAACUGCCCACGGAACAACCAAGUACUGUCUCGUCUCGCAGGAUGCGGAUACGGAUGGCGAUGUUGAGACCAAGCUGUACAAGGGCAAUGUUAUCCCCACUUGUGGCGGCGGUGCCCAAGUGGUGUUCAACGAUGUGGAGUGCCUCAAGCAAAAGUCGCCGGUUCACUCGCCCACGCGAAAGCGACCCAGCAAUGGCAACAUUUCAGCUCUGGGCGGCGGUGCAGUGCCCAGCACGGUCACCUCGGCCCAGGACGUGGCCUCCCGCUGCAAUCUCGGCAUCGAGGGACACAGCAGCAAGAAGUCGAAGAUCUAAAAAUGACUGAGCGUGAAAUUCUCAAAGUCAAUUACCCAUUUAGUUCAUAGUUAUUUAGUUUCAAUAACUUAAAUUUAAGUUUAUUACUCACCCAUUAUGGUUUUUGGAGUUGAAUCGCAUGGAAGUGAUUUGUUUGAUUAAAGAAAAGUUAAUCUGUAUAAAUAAUCCCGUAAAUGAAUUCGCAACCCCUGCUCAAAAUAGCCGGUACCCAGAGGGUAUCUGCCAAGAGCUGUCGUUGGAAACUAUCCGAGCAUCGUCCAAGCAUAGCCCUACUUUAGUGUUAUUAUAAAGUAUUAAAUAUUUUAUUGUUUUUCGGAGUACUCUCCGCUCCAGUCCACUCACAAUAUGAACAAAUAAAGUGAAAUUACGCGCAUAUACUAAAUUCAA